AUGUCGUCCACGCCCACUACGACAGCGUCAGAUAUCUCUCUUUACAAGAUGAGAGUUGUUCACUUUAGCAACGAGUUCCCAUACGAUGACCAGCAGACACUCUUCAGGGACUUGUAUCGCCAGAGUAAGGACAGGGCCCACCCCCUGCUGGCCCAGUUCCUGGAUGAAGCCGCGCGGGCAGUCCGCGAGGAGGCCCGCCUGAUCCCACCGACUCUGAGGACGUUGAUACCGCAUUUUGAGACAUUUCUCGAGUUUGUGAGCUUGGAUGAGCUGCGAAAUGGUCCUCUGAGCGGAUCCAUAGACGGUGUACUGCUUUGUAUUGUGGAACUGGGGGCCUUCAUCGGGCAAGUACAAUCUCCCUACUCCAUCAAUUCGAACUGCCCACAUGAAUUCAACGACAAUGACAUUGCGUUCACCGGGCUAGGCAUCGGCCUCCUGGCCGCUUGCGCCGUGUCUAUCGCCCCUACCCUUGCAGACCUUGCCUUCGUCGGCGCUGAGGCGGUGCGACAAGCGUUCCGACUCGGCAUCAUGGUCGCACAGGUGUCUCAGAACCUGUUUGUUUCGGAUUUAUCGAGUCCUGCGGACAGUUGGGCGUAUGUGCUUGCCGAAGUUUCCGCCGAUGCAGUCCAGGAGGAGUUGGACGCUGUCCAGAAAGACAGGAGGACACCAGAAACCAACAAGGUCUUCAUAAGUGCCUUCAGUUCGGCUUCCGUGACCAUAAGCGGCCCUCCAUCGUCUCUCAGGGAGCUUUUCCGCACGGUUGACUUUUUCCGGGAUGCCAAGUCUGUCGCACUCCCGGUGUACGGGGGACUCUGCCAUGCGCCUCACAUUUACAGCGAGGAGAGCGUGCAUGAGGUGGUCAAGACAGAGUCGCUACAGGCGAUGGAGCGGCACAGGCUCAGCGUCCCGCCCCGGGUGGCCGUCUUCUCGACGAGCACCGGACGGCCCUUCCCCGCGGCGAAGGCGACUGACCUUCUUUACCAGGCCACGCAUGAGAUUCUCACCCAGUCUAUCCGAUGGGAACAGGUUAUUGCGGGCGUCGUUGAGAAGGCCCAGGAUGUUGGCGCGAUGCGGGUCCCGAUCAUGGUAUUCCGCACCUCGCUCGCCGCGCAAGAGAUGGUGAACCUCGCGACUAAGAAGUUGCCAUCGGAGGUCGCGAUCCAGACUGACGAGAUGAUCCCUUGGGUUCACGAUCACACGAAAGUGCCUGGGAUUUCCGGGCCCAGGGGCCCGUCCCAGUCAAAGAUAGCCAUUGUCGGCAUGGCCUGUCGAAUGCCAGGAGGUGCCGAUACCACUGACAAGUUUUGGGAUCUGCUUGAGGCUGGCAUGGACGUUUCAGCCAGGGUUCCAGCUGAUCGUUUCGAUGUUGACACACAUUUUGACCCCGCUGGCAAGAGGCUAAAUACGAGUCACACGCCUUAUGGAUGCUUCAUUGACGAGCCGGGCUUGUUCGACGCCCCAUUCUUCAAUAUGUCGCCGCGCGAAGCUCAGCAGACCGACCCUAUGCAGCGCCUGGCCAUCGUCACGGCCCACGAGGCCCUCGAGCGUGCGGGAUACGUCGCAAAUCGCACGGAUAGUACCCGGCUGGAGCGAAUUGGCACUUUUUAUGGGCAGGCGAGCGACGACUAUCGCGAGGUCAACACAGCCCAGGAGAUUAGCACGUAUUUCAUCCCGGGAGGCUGUCGUGCCUUUGGCCCCGGGCGUAUCAACUACUACUUUAAAUUCGCGGGCCCGAGCUAUAGCAUUGAUACUGCCUGCUCGUCAAGUUUGGCCACUAUACAGACGGCAUGUACGUCACUCUGGAGCAGAGAUGUCGAUAUGGCAGUCGCUGGGGGUAUGAACGUCCUGACAAACUCGGACGCAUUCUGCGGUCUCAGUCAGGGACACUUUCUCUCCAAGACGCCCGGAGCGUGCAAGACCUGGGACGUGAAUGCCGAUGGGUACUGCAGAGCAGACGCUGUGGCUUCCAUUGUCCUGAAACGCCUAGAGGAUGCUGAGGCGGACAACGAUAACAUUCUGGGAGUCAUCAGCGGUGCCGGGACCAACCACUCCGCCGAGGCCGUUUCUAUUACCCAUCCCCAUGCAGGCCACCAGGCGCACCUAGGAAAGCUAGUCUUGGGUCGCGCUGCGAUUGACCCUCUCCAAGUCGGGUUUGUCGAGAUGCACGGCACUGGGACACAAGCCGGUGACUUUGAAGAGAUUCAGUCCGUCUCAGAUGUCUUUGCCCCACGCGGCCGCCGCCGAAGCUCCAAAAAGCCCCUCUAUAUCGGCGCCGUCAAGUCUAACGUUGGCCACAGCGAGGCCGCUGCCGGCGUUACGGCCCUGCUCAAGGUGCUCCUCAUUCUGCAAAAGGGCGCCAUCCCGCCACACGUUGGUAUCAAGAAUAGCCUGACGCCACGCUUUCCAAAGGACCUACACCAGCGGGGUGUACGCAUCCCAUUGGAGAAGAUUGAAUGGCCACGGCUGUCUGGUCCAGGCCAGGAACAUGAUCAGAAGCGUAUCGCAGUCGUGAACAACUUCAGUGCCGCGGGGGGGAAUUCGACUGUCAUAGUUGAAGACGGCCCACUGCGCGAAGUGACUGAGAUAGACCCGCGCCCUGCGCAUGUCGUGGCUGUCAGUGCUAAGAGCAAAGUGUCGCUCAGAGGGAACUUGGAGAACCUGCUUGCAUUCCUCAAGAGGAACCCGGAUACAAACCUAGCCGAUCUUGCCUACACAACGACAGCACGCCGACCGCACUUCAACCAUCGGGUAGCAUUCGCUGCCAGCAACAUCCCGCAUGUCGAGAAACAGCUUAAAGCGGCACUAAAAGGUGUUGAUUCUCAGAAAGCCAUUCCAAACACAGGACCACCUGCCGUUGCGUUCGCCUUCACGGGCCAGGGCGCGUCAUUCAAGUCUUAUAGUCUUGAGCUGUUCCAGAGCUCUUCUUACUUCCGAUCUCAAAUCCUCCAUCUGGACUCUCUAGCACAGCGUCAGGGAUUUCCAUCCUUUGUGCCCGUACUCGAUGGAAGCUUCCCAAAGGAACACCAGCACUCAGCGGUUAUCACACAGCUGGCACAGACUUGUGCACAGAUCACCCUUACUCAGUACUGGGCCCAGAUUGGGAUACGGCCUAAUGUGGUGGUGGGCCAUAGCCUCGGCGAGUAUGCAGCUUUGCAUGCCGCUGGAGUUCUUUCCGCAGGUGACGCUAUCUACCUUGUUGGACAGCGGGCCAGGUUGCUCGAAAGCAGACAGGCCCAGAAGGCCGCAACUCACAAAAUGGUGGCAGUGCGUGCUUCCGUCGAGAAGAUCAAAGAGGCCGCGCAGGGCAGAGCGUACGAAAUCGCCUGUAUCAACGGCCCCGAGGAGACGGUACUUAGCGGCUCUGUCUCGGAGAUGGAGAACCUUACCGCCCUGCUUGAGGAGGUGGGCUAUAAGUGCUUCAGCCUUGAUGUUGCCUUUGCUUUCCACUCGGCCCAGAUGGAUCCCAUACUUGAUGAGUUUGAAACAUUGGCUCGCGCAGUCGUCUUCAACACUCCUCAGCUGCCUAUCAUCUCGCCCCUGCUUAGCAAGGUUAUAUUUGAUGCCAAGACGGUGAAUUCGACUUAUCUGCGGCGUGGGACCCGCGAAACCGUCAACUUUGUUGCUGCACUCCAGGCCGCAUCAGAGAUCGGUACAGUUGACAGCGAAACGGUGUGGAUUGAGAUCGGGCCACACCCUGUCAGUGUAGGCUUUGUGAAGUCAACACUGGGAUCCGCCCAUACCAUGCCGUCCAUGAGACGAGGUGAGAACAACUGGACCACAAUGACCUCCACUCUUGCCUCGCUGCAUUCUUUGGGUUUCAAACUUGACUGGAACCAUUACCACAGCCCAGUAGAGAGUGCAUUGCGCCUCCUCGACCUUCCCACAUACGCCUGGAAUAAUAAGAUAUAUUGGAUCCAAUACAAUGGCGACUGGGCGCUGACCAAAGGAAACAAUUACUACGACGAGGAGAAAGGCCACAUGAAGGGCCAUGCUGCCCUUCCCCACGCGGUUUCUGGCCUGACUACAUCCCUUGUCCAGCGCAUAGUCCACGAGGAGUUCGACGAUGAGAACGGCAUGGGCGAAGUGGUGAUGCAGUCCGACUUGAUGCAGCCCGACUUCCGUGCUGCGGCGUGGGGACAUAGGAUGAACAACUGCGGCGUGGUAACCUCGUCCAUCCAUGCGGACAUCGCCUACACCCUUGGUAAAUACCUGCACAGCAAACUCAAGGGGGCCAAAGGUAAUGCCGAUAUGGAAAUCGUGGACUUGGAGGUACGACGGGCCCUCGUGGCCAAUUCCAAGGCAGAUUCAAAGCAACUGAUCCAGGUCUCUAUUACGACUACGAACAUUGCUACAAAUCGGGCCAGUAUGCAAUGGCACAACGUCACAGAUGAUGGCAAUGUCGUGGACGAGGAGCCAUUCGCCACUGCGACACUUGCCUACGGCGACGCCAAGGGGUGGCUUAGCAGCUGGACUCCAGCCUCGCACUUGAUUCAAGGCCGGAUCGAGGAGCUCGAACGCCUGGCCACAGCCGGCACCGCCAACCGCCUGAGCGGGAAUAUGGCGUACCUGCUUUUCGCUAAGAACCUGGUGGAAUAUGCAGACAAGUAUCGUGGCAUGAAAUCAGUUGUGCUAAAUGGGCUGGAGGCCUUUGCUAAUAUAGUCCUCUCAACGGAAAAGGGUGGAUCGUGGACAGUUCCCCCUUUCUUCAUCGACAGCGUGGCACACCUUGCUGGAUUCAUCAUGAACGUCUCAGACGCCAUCAACACUCAAGAGAACUACUGCGUCACACCGGGCUGGCGGUCCAUGCGGUUCGCCUGCGCCCUGGAGCCCGGAGCGGCAUAUCGGUCAUACGUGAAGAUGAUCCCCACAGAGCAAGACCCGACUGUGUAUCUUGGGGACGUCUAUGUCCUCCAGCCUGAGACACACACUAUCAUCGGCAUGGUGCAGGGUAUCCAGUUCCGCCGUUACCCACGCAUCUUGCUCAACCGCUUCUUCUCGCCUCCCGAUGGCGCGUCAGCCCCGACAGUUGCGGCGGCACCGGGCUCAGUCGCUGUGGUGAAAAAGAAAGAGACCCCUGCAAUGACCUCCGCGGAUAGGUUCAGGAACGAUAUAGCGGUCACGGCCUCUGCCCCGGCGCCGAUGCCGAUUGUCAACGGGUUCAAAACGGAGGGCUACAAUGGCGAUCAUGGCCCUGGUGUUGAAAAGGCCAGUGAUAACGUGACUAGGACCCCUGAAGCAGCGGAGGUGUCAACAAACUUGGACGUCGAGGCCGAUACAAUCACUUCAAAGGCUCUUCGAAUUAUUGCCGGCGAGGCUGGGCUUGACCUGGCUGAGGUCAGCGAUGAUAGCGGUUUUGCCGAGCUUGGUGUUGAUUCCCUCAUGAGUCUAGUCAUCGCGGAGAAAUUCCGCGAACAGUUGAACGUGGUGGUCAACGGUAGCCUGUUCUUGGAGUACCCCACCCUCGGGGACUUGCGAGCCUGGUUGGAGGAGUACUACAGCUAA